UUGAUUUGAUAGUUGGCAUGACAGUUCUCUAACCUAUAAAAAUAUUGUAUUGGAAACUACAUUAAGUAGUGAUUUGAUAAAAUGCUUCGGUAUAAUUUAAUUAUGCGUUUUAUAUUGUUUUGAUCCAAUAUAAAUUCAGGUCAUCUUUCCUAAAAUGUCUGAGAAGAAAAAGAAAGUGUUCCCCAAUAAGGAGACCACUACGCCACGUAGACCAGUUAUUUUGAAAUCUGAUCGCGAAACAAAGGAGCAGCCAAAAGAAAAGGAGAAAGAAAAACCACCUACCAUAAUUCUUAAAACCCGUGAACAGAGUGCUCCUAAAGACGAUCGACCUCUGAGUCCUAAAACUAUUAAAACCCCUACUGCUGAGGGUGAUGGGCCACAUCCAUGCAAAAUAGCUCAAAAUGAAAAUAAGGACAAGAAACAAUCUGAAAAAGUGUCUCCACCAUUAAAACAGAUGACAAAGCCUAUAAAACUUGUGGAUGAAAACUUGGACUUCAACAAUGCUGCUCUAGAAUUCUUACAUGACUCAAGCACCAACUAUCUCGUUGUGGGCAUUGUUGGUACUCAAGGUGCUGGCAAGUCAAUGAUAUUAAACUUGAUAACACAAAGCAAACACACUCAGGAGCUUUGUAGACAGAUUCUUCGGUCCCAUGAAAUGAAAGACAAUUAUGACGGAGGGAAUGAGAUGGCAGCAGUCGAGAACCAAUUGGAAGCUCUGGAUUUGAUGGAGAAUGAGAAGAUAUCAAAUGGAUUUAAGUUCAAGAUGCAAGACAUUCAGCAGAUAGAGCGAGGGGUUCAUUGUACUAGAGGAGUAGACAUGUACGUGACACAAGACCGUGUGAUCCUGCUAGACUGUCAGCCGUUGUGCUCUCCGUCCCUCAUAGAGGAGUCCAACACGAAUCCCAUCACGGCCCGGAGUGCCAACGUUGUGACCGUGGACUGUCUCCAGAUUACCUCGUUCUUGAUGGCUGUAUGUCACGUUCUGAUCGCUGUGCAAGAUUGGUUUACGGAUUACAAUUUUAUCAGAUACAUCCAAGCUGCGGAAAUGCUAAAGCCAUCGUUAUCAGCGUCCAACACAGCCAAUCAGGAGCCGUCGGAAUCGAACCUGUCUUCCUCGAGCCCACACCUGUUGCUACUACACAACCGCUGUCAGCUAGAGGACUACACCGUUGACUCUGUGCGCUGUAUGCAGGAUCUUUAUAGAAAGGCGUUCCAAAGAUCCAACCUGCAGCUGAACUCUGGAAUGUACAUGUACAGUGACACGAACAAGAAUGGUCUAAAUGUGGACAACGUUAGCAAGACAUACAGCGUGGAGACGUGCGGGACGCCUAUCAAUAUGUUCAUGCUGCCGGAGCUAUAUGACGACUUCGAUAAUCGAGAGAUCUACCGCGGCCACCCGCCGUUCGAGCAACUAGCCAAGCGACUCCGCUGGAUGAUACUCGGCGUCAACCGACACCAAAUCAGCAACGUGCCCAACCUAUCAGAAAGGGGAUGGUUCCACUACUGCAUCAAAUCCUGGGAGACAAUACGAAAGUGCACCUUCUUCAUGGAGUAUGAAAGAUUCCUGCCAUGAUGAUAGCACGUCAAACAAUGUGGAUCUACUUUGGGUAUCGAGGAUAACGAUAAGCAAACAGGUGUCUCACACCUGCGCUCUUAUCGCAGAGAUAAAAGGCGUCGAAAGAAUGAAAUUUAUUUCAACUCCAAUGUACAAUAUUGGACCCAAUAAAAUUUCACUUUUAA